AUGAGUCUCCUCACGGCUUAUAUCCACGGUGUAGUCACCAACCUGAUCGGCACCUGGCUCGGCCAUUGGGUGGCGCCGCAGCCCUUGCACUGCCAUUGCUCGGGCUCAGCGGUGGAGCCUGGGCUGAUCGAGCUGCUGCAGUCGCAGCUCAACAGGUGCGGGCCAUCGGACCUUGCCCCUGUGUGUGCGGUCUGCCCCGUCUGCCCGGCGCCAGGCUGGGGGACAGGCGACGUGCUGCUCGCGGGGUUGGUGGGGCUGAUCGUGGGCGCGGCGUUCACCACUUGCUGGGCGGGCGCGGGCCUGCCGAGGCCUGAGAUGGCCUUUCUGGAUUCUGGCUCGUCGGCCUACCUGUGCUACGUCGGGGACGACUUGUAUCACGAGCGGAUCAUCCUGAGCUGGGUGGCAGCGAGCGAGUAUGUAGUAGGGUCGCCUGACCUGGACAUCUUUACCGAACAGAUCGAUGCAGCCAAUGCCGACUUGCAAGGCUUACGGCUGGGCAGUACGGACGGUCGCCUGCCCUUCGGGAUGGGCGGCAUGCAGGUCUACCGCUUCCAGGUGCGCCCUGCCGGCGCCGACCUGACGCAGCUCCUCGCCGAGGGCGAGCGCCAUGCGCAGGUCGAGCGGGCGUCGCGUGGGCUGGCCGCGCCGCCUGGUGCCGCGGCCCGCGCUGGCCCGGGCGGGGUGGCCCCGGUGGCUGUCCCGACGCCGCUGCCCGUGGCGGUGCCGCCCGCCCCUGGCGUGGCCGCGGCGCCGCCGCCACCCCGCCUGGCCGGGCCCGCUGGGGCGUGGGUGCUGGACGAGCCCGUGGACACCUUCGUGCUCGGGCAGGAGGUGCCGCUGCCGCCGACGGCGCUGGACGUGGGGGGCCGUGCCUUCGUGACCAUGAACGGGGAGAUCGUGUCGCUCACCAGGGUCGCGCCGGGCACGGACCUCGCGGCCUGGGGCUUGAGUCGCCAGCAGGUCUUGCUGAAGGGCGACCCGCGCCUGCUGCCACGGCCGUGCUCCCCGACCCCCGUCGCCUUUGCCGCAGACGCUGCCCUGGUCGCGCGGGAUCCCAGUGCGCCGCUGCGGACCAAGGGCCCUGGGACACUGCAGGACUCGGUGAAUGAGAUGUACCUGCGUUCGCUCGGGGGAUUCAGUGCCGCCCACGAUCGGUGGCUGAUGGAGUCGAGAGUGCCAGCAGGAUCGCGGUCAGGUCACGAACACCGAGUCCUAUGCCGUGCCCUCGCCUUCGCGAUGGAGUCGGACGGGCUCAACAUCGCGAACUUGUCGUGCUGCGAGUUUCUGAAUCGACGGCGAAUGUUGCUCGAGACGGCCCACCGGGAUGAUCCUGAGAAGCCAGCGUUCGAGGGCUCGCACAUCUACAUGGGCGAGGACGAGGAGGGCACGGGUGUCACAGUGACGCCCGCCCUUCGGGCGCAUGUGGCGGCCGAGAUGUCGAAGGAGUAUGCGAUCGAGAAGGAGAAGAGGAAGGCUCGAGAGGCCAAAGCGGAGGCAAAGUCGGCGGCGGCCCGGAAGAAGGCCAGACACGCAGAGACCGCUGGCGUCGGGGAGACGCGCAACGCCGUGCCGCUCCGCCGCCAGAACACGUUGGCCCGCGACCUCUCGGUGGACCGCGUGAACUUUUUCUUCUACCUCCGCACGUAUCGCCGGCUGGCCCUAGACGAUGCAGACGACAUGGUGGCCGUUCUCAACGCCCUCUACGGCUGCGAGCGCGACGCGGUGGGGCCGGCGAGGGGGCCCGGCAUAAUUUUGAUCAACUUCUACCCCACGAAGCUGCGGCUCAGCUUCUGGGACCUCGUAUCGAUUAUGGAGGUGCUGACUAAUUUCGAAGACCUCAUCCUCGCGAGCCCCGACGUCGUCUCCGAGCGUAGGGGGCGCACUCCCUCGCGCCCCUACUUUGACGUCGCGCUGCGGGCUGACAAGAAGGCCUAUGUGAAUUUUGUCCAGCGCCUGAUGGAUCGACGACUACUCGGAGUGGCGUCGGAGUCGCUGAGCCUUGUGACCCCCUUCUCCGUGGCCAAGAAGAAUGGGGGGCAGAGGCUCGCGCUCGACUGCCGGCUCACCAAUAUCCUCUUCGCCCACGCUCCCACCGUCGAGAUCGGGAGCUCCGAGGCGAUGAGCGCGAUCGAGCUGGAGCCCGGCCAGGAGCUGUACGCUGCCUCGGUGGACAUCGAGGCCUGUUUCUACCAGUGCGGCGGCAUCGGGAGGCCGAGUAACUAUUUCUGCUUGCCCUCGGUGCCCGUCGAGGUGGCCCUCGAGCUCGGCCUGACCGUGGACGUGUGCGGCCAGGAGUUCACCGGGCGUGAGAGGGUCCACCCGUGCCUGGUGGUGCUCCCCAUGGGCUGGAGUUGGAGCUUCUGGUUGGUGCAGCGUAUCCACCUGGAGAUGCUGCGCCGCGCCGCGGUCCCCGACGACAGGAUCGCCCUGGGAGCCUGGCCGCUGCCGCCCCUGACCUCAGGCCCCGUGGAGCUGCCCUACUCAGACAACAUCAACGUGCUGGGGGUACGGGCUGAGGAGGUCACCGAGCUGAGGGAUCGUGUCGUGGCCCGUUUCUCCGAGGAGGGCUUCAGCAUGCACGUGAUCUCAGAGACCAGCGCACACUCGACCAUCCUGGGGGCCGACGCGGGGGGCCAUCCGCCCGUCACCAGGCGCACCGGGCAGAAGCUGUGGUUGCUCAGAGGUGCGCUGCAGUGGCUAGCGAGCGGCCCCAUCGUGACUGGCCGCCAG